AUGGAUUUCCUGCGACUUGAGGUCAAAGUUUUGCUCCCUGAUCAGCAACCAGACGUACGGAGUCAAGGCACCUCUAGCUCUUUAAUGAACACUGGGAUCCCCAGCAUUGAGAAUGUACAAGAACAGCCUACUGUUGUGCGGCCAACAGCGUCUUUCCUUCUACUCGUCAAGGAACCGGAGAAGACUACGGUUGCAGAAUUGUGUGCCAUGAUUAGCAGCGAAUGGGAUGAGCUUCACCCAGAUGAACCACUUGAUAUCAAGAAAAUCCUCAAUGAUGCAAGACCUCACGUUGACCUCAAUCUUCGCUGGCCUGUCUCCGAUAUUUUCAUGGAUCUCGGAGUCAAGGCAAGGGGGCACCUUCAAGAGGGCGUUGUUCGGGUAAUUCAGAAACCUUCCACGCAUCGCCGUGAGAGAUUCUCUUCUGUUGUUCAUGAUUACAAAGGCGCAUCCCGGGAGGAGACGCGGAACGCGAGAAUAACUACUAGCAAAUUACCAUUCAUUGCCGAAGCUUCAGAACCUGAUGCCUUGGUCGUCCCUGGGAAUCAGAUAGCAGAAGUUGACGUGCGACGUGAUAAGACCGAAAACCGGUCUCGAAAGCGCAAGCAGACGCCUGAAUUAGAGACCGCGCACAAAAUUGCCCGACUUCAGGACCCUCCAGCUGAACAAUCUAUUUCCCUUCGCAGCCCAGAACGAGUGCAUGGCCCAGGCCCACAGCGCUACAUGUCACGGGCGUUAAGUCCUGAGCAGAGAAGAGCAUCACAGCCUAAGUCUAAUACUAGUGGCCUUGGACUAGGUAUUACUGCGAGCCCUUCAUCGAAACGAAAUAGGACAGCUAUGGCGGAUCCCAUAUCGUCAAGUCAAGCGGUUUCUCGUGAAGCUAAGCGGGUUAUGGACGACCGUCAAAGCUCCACAGCUUCUUCAGCCGGCCAAGUGAAUGGCAUGGCUUCUGCAAACCUCACUCCCAUGGACAAACAGCAUGUACAAGAAAUUCGCGAUCUUUUAGCUCAUCCGGAGACUGUCAAUAUCAACUGUCUACCUAUCUUCCACGACCUACUCGAAAUUUAUUCAGAUAUUGAAGCUCGUGAUCCAAAGACAAGAGACUCAAGAAAGAGCGCGGAUAUGAGAAAUCUUCGCAAAAAGCUUUCGCGUCGUCGCCAGAAUCUCAGAAAUCUUGGUUUCGAAUUCAAAGAGCAUAGAAAUGAUUCCCCGACAGAGCCAGCCCUGCCCGUUUCUGACACGAAGAUCUCACGAAGGAUACCCCCUCAGAAAGGUCCCGCUACCCCCACAGGUGUCUCUAGGCCCCCUGUUCAAGGCCACCAUUCUCGGUCUACGCCGUCAGUUGUCAUCCCUGUAUUACCAACAGAAGCUGCUGAGCCCAAGGUCUCCAACAAAAAGCCAUCAGAUGACAAAAGCGAACCCGAGGAAGAAGAUGAUGGGGAGGGCCAAGACAAAAAUUCUAUCAGAGAGGAAGAGCAGGCUUCUGCCACCAAAAGCAAGGAUCAUGACGUCAAAAUCAAGAACCUGAAUCCGGCCGAGGCAGCAUCUGGUGAUGAAGACGUAGAGGAUGAAGAAGAGGACGAGGAAGAGGAAGAGGAAGGGGGAGGGAGAAGAUGA